AGCUGUCUGUGUUGAUCACCUGCUAAAUAAGAGCAAUAUAAAAAUAAAAAAAUGCUGCACCUGGUGAUGAUUCUGCUCACUGUGUCAGGUGUGUUUACUCAGCAAAAAGACUGGGGUGUGGAAUAUCCCGAUAGUCAGAUCUGUGCUGUGAGAGGAUUCAGUGUCUCCAUUCCCUGUAAUUAUUAUUAUCCUCCACAGCAAAUUUAUCAAGUGGUGGAAAAGCUUUGGUGCUCAAUGAACUCAAACACAGACAAGUGUUUAAACCCUCCGUAUGUUUAUGACAGCUCAUCAAACACCAACUCAGACUUUGAGUACGCUGGAGACGACAAAUCAAACUGCACUUUAUUAAUCCACAAUCUACAGUUCAGUUAUUCUGGAGAGUACAGAUUCAGAUUUAUAACUGAUAAUCCUGAUGACAGAUACACAGGUGUUCCUGGAGCGACUCUACAAGUUGCAGGUAAAUGCUAUGGUUAAAAUUAAAUAUUCUUUAUGUGCAUAGGACGUGUAGGAAGCUGUAUUUUGUGUUUAUAUAAGUGAAAUGGACAGGUGCAGGUUUAAAAUGAGAAGAAACCUUUAUUAUUCAUCACAUGCACACUUCAAGCACAGUGAAAUUCAUCCUCUGCAUUUAACCCAUCUGAAGCAGUGAACAUAUACACACACACACACCCAGAGCAGCGGGCAGCCACACCAGAGCACCCGGGGGGCAGUCAGGGGUUCGGUACCUUGCUCAAGGGCACCUCAGCCCAAGGCCACCCCACGUUAACCUAACUGCAUGUCUUUGGACUGUGGGGGAAACCAGAGCACCCGGAGGAAACCCACGCAGACACGGGGAGAACAUGCAAACUCCACACAGAAAGGCCCUCGCCGGCUGCUGGACUCGAACCUGGAACCUUCUUGCUGUGAGGCGACCGUGCUAACCACUACACCACCGUGCCGCCCCAGUAUGUUGUGGGAAAGAAAAGUCUA